UCUUUUUAUAUCGAAGUUCGAGGAACAAAAAAACUUUCUGUUUCCGCCAGUAGAUCUUUAUCACUACUAGCUAAACAUAUGUCAUCGACAUACAGAACAAGGAAGAUAUACUUUCUUUUUCCUUAGAUUUCGCAUAAAUGCAAUUGUCUUCCUCGUUAUCCUCGAAACUAAACUUUCUGAUAGUCUGAUCAGACUCGACGUACCACUAUCUGGAGGAAUAUUUUAAUUCAUAAAUGGACCUCCUUAAGUGACAUCUCUUGUUUUCCUUUUACUGCUCACAACAAAACCCUUUGGUUGUGUCAUGAACACAUUUUUCUGUUAACUCUCCAUUUAGUGAUGUUGUCAUUACAUCCAUCUGAUGGAGCUCUGGAUCAAAAAAGAGAGCCACUAAUGCCAUAAUGAUCUGGAAUGAAUCUUUUGUUAGGACAAGUGAGAAGGUUUUAUGGUAGUCAAUGCUUUCUCACUGUGUGAACGCCUUGGCCACAUGUCCUUGUAUCUUUCUAUAUUUAUUUGGAGUCACGCUUGGUCUUCUAGACCCACUAAUUUGCGCUUCUCGUAGCUGUUUCAUAUGUAAUGGGAUCACUUUCUGCUUCAAUGUCCUCACACAUAUAAAUCUCAUCGCUUUCUAUGUCUACACUUGUGUAAACUCCAUAAUCAUCAGGAAUCGCAGAUCGUCUGGACCUUUGAGACCUUCAUAAACUUGUUUCUAGUUCUGGUUCGUUAUGGGGCUCCUGCAUUGGUACGUCACUUGGCACAACACUACCACUCUCAUGUGAGCUCUCCUGUGCAAAACGACUCAGAAGAGCCAUACUGUGCAGAAGGUGAAUUGACUUACUCUGUGGUAGUUGCACUUGGUGAUGCAAUAUUUGCAGCAGGGGUUUCACCUCGAGCCGUUACAACUGUUGGUGGUACCACAGCGGGUAUCGAGAAGUAUGGUUCUUCAACCAUCGGAAUUGGGACAUACGUCCUCUUUUUCUGAAGGUCAACCUCUCUGAGUACCUUACUCCCCUUGAUCAUGUCAUCUUCUAGGAAAAUGACAUGUCUAGUUUCUAUAAACUUGGUUUGUCUGCCUGGAUAGUAGAAUCUGUAACCCUUCGAUCUCUCAGGGUAGCCAAUAAAAUGGCAGCUAGUGGUUCUCUCAUCUAGCUUUUCCUGUCCAGGAUUAAAUAUUUGAGCUUCUGCUGGACAACCCCAUAUGUUGAAGUAGUUGAGCGUGGGCUAUCUGCCAGUCAACAACUCAUAUGGAGUUUUAGCCACUGAUUUACUAGGAACUCUAUUUAGUAUAUGCAUGGUGGUUUUUAAAGCCUCCAUCCAUAGACCCAAUGGUAAGUUAAAGUAACUAAGCAUACUCAUUACCAUGUCCAUCAGUGUUCUUCUUACGCCUUUAGGCAACCACAUUCUGUUGCGGUUCACCAGGUGUUGAAUACUGAGCUACAAUAAUGUUUUCACUUAUGAACCUUGCGAAAGGAUCCUGGGACCUGUCCAUACUCAGUAUGGUGCCCUCAGUACUCCCCCACACGAUUUGAUAUGACAAUCUUUGUGUUCAAAUCGUGUUGUUUUUCUACAUCAGCAUUGAACUAUUUAAACUUGUCUAAAUCUUAUGAUCUGUCCCUUAAAAAAGGGUAAAUAUAAUCGUAGCGAGAGUAGUUAUGUGUGAAGGUUAUGAACAAGUCAAAACCCAUCUACUGUCCUAACUGGAAAAGGACCACAUAUAUCUAUAUGAAUAAUUUCUAACACUCUCGUACUGUGCAUGCAAUCUUUGCAUUGCACUAAGUCUGUCAAGUCUAGGUGAUGGAGAAUCCGUCCCUUAAUGAGACUUCUUUUCUCCCCCUCGAAAUAUGGCCCAAACGAUAGUGCCAUAAUUUCGACGAGGUUUCUCCAUCACAUUGUUUUCUUACUCCUGCUGAUGUUGGCUAGUUUGUUUUCUGGUGUAUCUAGCACCACUGUGCGAAGAUAAAUAAAGCAUGUCUCGUCAGAUGGCGAGACCAACAUCUUUAUUAUCAAAACUGAAUAACACACAGUCUCUGUCACCGAAGUGAUAGUGGAUGUGCUGAUUGUCUAAUCACGAAACUAAAGUUAAGUGUCUGUUUGCUUUCCGUUAACCACUGUAACUGUUUUCAGCCCUCUAGGAGCCUUAGGUUUGUACGGAAUUGCAUUCUGUAGCAUCUAUUGCAGGAAUUCUGGACACUUUCUAUUGUAUAUCCUGUCUUCUUGCAAUAGAGGCAGGUCUCAGGGGGGGUCUGAGAAACAGUCUGAUUGUUGCAUAUAGAAAACAUCGUGAUCAGGUUUGAUCUUAUUCUUGAACCUUUCUUAGAGGUUUUGUUCUGUUUGAGGAUUCUUAGUUUGGGAAGAUUGAUAGAAUCACUUAUUUGACUUAUCAACAAUUCCUCCUUCUAGACACACUGUGUUCUGGGUUGAUCUAUAUAGCACUUGUCCAUUUAGACAGGUGUUUUACUGAUCAUGAAAUGUCUCAUAUUCUGGAUUAGCACCCUCAAUAGGAUCCUAAAUGAGACUCUCAUUGUGAUCAAGUACAUUACACUUGGAUCUUUUCCAGUUGACCUUAUAGAUGCUGUACUGCGCCAUCUUAAGGUCAUCCUAAGGUGAGCCUACUGUAGGCUCAGUGGUUUCUCAAACCACAGUGAGGAAUCUAUUUCAUCCACUGUAGUUAUCAUCUUAAUCUUUUCCCGCCAUAAGUGACAAUAAAUACCACAUAGCGGUUUAAUCUACCUUAUCUGACCAACUAGUAGGCCAAUAUGUGCACUUUUGCAAAGUAAAACAGAAAAUAUUUAGGACGUCUGAAGUAAAUACUGAAACAUAGAACUUGCAUGAAUUAAAUAUUCGACGUUGGUCAAAAUAAUAACCAUGUUUGAUCUACAAAAAAAAACUUGUUCUAAAAUUCUAAACCAUCGUUGGAUGAUCUAGAAAACUUAAUUCUUGUAUAAAAUGUGGCAACAAUAUUCGACGUUGGUCAAAAUAUUCAAUCACCACAAAAAACCUGAAUUUCUAUGCACUUAAAGAGAAUUAAUCCACGUAGGCUUCAUAAUAAACAAUAAUGCAUAGAAAAAACAAAUAAUAAUCUUGUUCUAAACUCUAAAACCAUCGUUGGAUGAUUUAGAAUAUAUAUACUGUUCAAAAUAUGGUAACAAUAUCUAACGUUGGUUAGAAUAUUCAAUUACCGCAUUUUUUUCUGAAUUCUAUGCAAUUCAAAACAAUAAUUAAUCCACGUUGGUUUCAUAAUCCACUGAAAAUUGCAUAAAAUAAAGUACCGAAAUACGCAGCGGAAUAAAAAUAGUCCAUAAAUAUAUCUGAAAUUUUCUAUAACUGGAAAAAUAUUUCUAAGUUUUUUUCUGAAUUUUCUGCUCUAUUUUUCUAAUUUCUUUUCUGUGUUUCUAAUUUCUGAAAAUAGAAAACAAAUUCCAGGAAAAACUGGAGGUCAUUUCGGCCUGGUCGGCCCAGCCUAGACGUGGCCUUUCGGCCUACUAGAGGAAGGGGCGCACGCACUAGGCCGCAACCUGGGCCCAGGCCGCGUUUUUGGCCCACGCGGCCUCCCCCUCCCCUCCAAUUGAUCUCAGCCAUCGGUGGCGAUCCGACGGUCCAGAUCCACCCGUGUACUGUAGCAAGAUCUAUAAAUGCCGUGGGUUUCGGAGAGGCUGUAAACCCUAAUGCUCAUUUCUUCUCAAUCUCCCCAGCCGCCACAGUAAAAAAAACACAGCCGCCAGGGAGCUUCGACGGAUGGCCUCUGGCCGAUCGAGCCUUUUUUUUUUUAUUCUCAUUUCUUCAUUUCUAUUACGUGCUCUCUUUUCCUUCUGUUUUUGUACACCGCGGUGAGCUGCUCUCUGUGUAUUAUCUUCACUAGUAAAGUGAGAAGCUAAGUGCCUGUGCUGUAUUCUUGCCACCGUGAUGCACAAGAACGAGAACGGUUCUUGGUCUCUAUUUCUUCUCUCUUAUCCUUCGUUUGGCCGAACGUCUGUUUUUUUUUUUUUUUUUUUCGGCCGGCUCACCUUCACACGACCGCCAGGAAGCACUGGUGGCUGGCCUCUGGCCGACCGCGCCGCCCUGCACAGAGCCGCACAGCCGCCCAUCUCUUUGCUGUUUUUCUGUUUCUUGUUGAAGCUCAGGGCUCCCUCUCCACUCAGCAGACUGCCAGGACACAACGGCUGACCUCUUGGUGUCCGGCUCGGCCGGCACUGUGCACGGCGAAACGGGCCCCGCAGGCUCUCUCGCCGGCGGUCGCGACCCCACGGGUGGGCGCUCGGCCGUCGGUAGAAUCGUUCGUCGGUGGUCUGUUGAGCCAGUGACGUUGGCCGUUCUUUUCUUUUGAACCAGUCAGUGCAUCUGUGCACAGAUCUGCGUGUUCCUGUUUCUUAUUCGUUGAUUCUUGGUCGUGGAUCGUUGGAUCCUGAGCCCUGUGCGCCGUCUCUGUUGACGGAUGAACUGGUUAGGGUUAGGUUAUUAAACUCUAACCCUGAAAUAUCGGUCUGUUUACCCUAAAAUAUCGGUCUGUUUUGUUCUCGGGCGAUGAACUAUGAUUAAAAAAAUGAGUUCAACCACUGAUUCGAGACCUUUCUGUGUCUCAAAAAAAAAAACGGAAUGUGGAUUAGGAGAUCUAGGGUUCUUAGGUCCCUCUGAUACCAUUGUUAGAAUCUAUACUGUCUAGGAUCGAUUCCUAAGUUCCUAGAAUACUGAUCCGUAACUGAAAGUAAAAUCUUGAUGACGUGUAGAUCUGAUCUACUGAUCUACUGAGAGGAACGGGGAAACACACCUUUGUUGCUGUUGCUAUCUUCAUAUCGUCGCCCUGCAGAGAAGCAGCAGGCAUUGGGAUCCGAGCCGCUGUAGGUUGUCGCAUUUCCAAACACUCCGACGCCUAGGCGAUGGGGGCCUCUGAGGACUAGGGUUUUGGGGCGAGGUACUAGCGUUAGUCUUUCCUGCGACCCCUUAGUCCUAUAUAUAGCGUCGUGUGUCUGGGGGCUCCAACCGAGGUUAGCGUGGGCCCUCCCGAUCAAGGGCCCGAUUAAAGGAACGAUAGUUGGGUUAAGCCCAAUCCAGUCUCUAUUGACCGGCUGUAGAGGACACACCCAACACUCCAAUCUCAGGGGAUGGUGGUGGGGGUGGAGGUCACCACGGCGAGAUGGAUCAAUGGAUUAGGGGGAACGGAGAUCUGAGGAGAAAACCAAAACACUGCCGAGUAGGAAUACCUGCGAGAGGAAAUGCACAGGGGUCAGCAAGAUCUCGAUGACGGAGGAUGAAGAAGAAGAACAGAGGAUCCACGUAAGCACCGGAGUCUGGGUCGAAGCACACCGACGGCGACAGUGCACGGCUAUGCCAUCGGCAACAACUGGCGAAAGAAAGAAAUGAAGAACAACCCGAGUCAACAACGGGAGAAGGUGCUAAUGGAUUUGAAGUCAAGCUACUAACGAGAAAUCUCACGCGAAACGGAGGCAGAGGCACGAAGGGGAACCAAAAGUUGUUAAUGGCGAUCAGCAAAAGCUGUUGCCAUAUCUUUAAAGAGCUCGGUUCGGUUAUAAUACCACGAAUGCAAUUAUGUGCUUCGUGUUGCUAUUUCUACGAUGCCGCAUCCAUACCGGAUGCCAAAUUGCCAACAGGAAAUAUUGUAAUUGUAACGUCAAACUUUCCAUGCUCGUUCGACUACAACGUGCUGCGGUUGACAUAAGGGUCCCACGUGUUGAAGCCCCACCGAUCAGCCGCACCAGCUUCCCCGCACAGCCGUCGUCGUUAUCCCCAGUCCACACCGGCCGCGCCGCAGCGGCCCAUCCCACCCGUCAGCGUCGGCGUAGGCCCCCGCCGGCUCCUUCCUCUCGCCGUCGCGAGACCGAGCAGCCAGUAGCAGCAGGAGUGGGUGCUCCGUGCCCCGCCAUCCAACACCAAAAGUGGAACCCCUCACACCCACGCGAGGUGGUCGACACUCGACGGAGAGCCGCAAAGGAGGAGGAGCUGGCGGUGGCGGGAUCCAGCAGGCCGCCCAUGUCGAGCGGCGCGGACGGAUCGGAUCCGAUCACGGGCCUUGGCCCGUCGACGAUCCCAGAGCCGCCGGACCGUGAGCCGCCUCAUCUACAGUCUCCGUCGCCGGCGGCGCAGCAGGAGGUGGCGGCGUCGCAAGCCGAGACGCCGGUGCCAGCGGUGACCAUCGUGAUCUCGCGGCCAGGGGAGGAGGUUCAGACGCCUGAUGCAAUGGGUGGCUCCCCGGCGUGCUCCACGCAGGCCGGUGACGGCAAGGCUACAGCCACCUCGGUUUCGUUGACCGCUUCGGCGGCUGCCAAGGAGGCCGAGUUGGCAAGGUCCGACAGCUUCGACGACUACGAGCAAUGCAGAGUUUGUCAACAGAAGACAGAAGAACCUCUGGUCGACCUUGGAUGUAGAUGUCGUGGUGAUCUUGCAAAAGCACAUCGCACAUGCAUUGAUGUUUGGUUUCGUACUAGAGGUUCAAACAAGUGUGAGAUAUGCCAGCAGGUUGCUGCCAAUAUCCCCCCUCCAGAGACGCAAGCAAGUACAAGUUAUUGGGUUUGGAGGGUUGAUUCGACUUAUGGAAGGGGACGAGGAGGACGUGAAAGGGGAUGGUUUAGCCCACUUUGGGUUGCAUUUGCAAUCCUGAUUGGUGGUCUCUUAUUGGAUGUGCUGAUAUCUGUUUCUCUUGGUGUUUCCGCACUUCCUGUCAAUAUAAUAAUUGGCGUUCUUAUAGUUCUCGGAUUGGGCACCGCCCUUCGUCUUGCUCUCGAGUGCUGCCAGGAAUGGGGCUCAAGGAGGAACGUAGGCAAUAUGCCGAGGCUGGAGAACAUACCGCCGACUGGGUACCACCCUGCAGUAGUAUAAUCAUUAUGGGACUUGUAAAUAGCGGUAGGAACAUCUAACCUUGUGCUGGCUCUUGGAUUGUAUUAGCUUUAGCUCACACGUUGCUCGUUAAUGUCGAGCUCAAAUUCAAAGCUUGUUGAUUACGAUCGGGUCCAUACUCCACUAGUCCAAUGCAAUGUAAAUGCAGAGUUACUGAUACUCGGUCUUCAUGGACUAGUGCUGAUGCCGAAUUGCCAGCAUCUUAAUUGGUUGUCUGGCUAAUCGUUCAGCAUGACAGCGCUUGGUUUCUUCUUCCUUGUACGGUUUGCUCUCACAAAUCA